GGUGUUGCUCAACUUAUUUUAGUAAUAAUAAAUAAUGACUAGUCAUUUUAAGUAGUAUAUUUACAUCAUAUACAUAUAUAUCUAUAUAUAACUGACUAUUUGGAUACACUUAUGUAAAUAUCUUGAAUAACGUAUUAUCCUUCUAUAUUGACAAUGUUACUUUCAUUUACUCAUUUGUCAAUAGUAUCAUUAUUCAGUAUUAUUAUCAUUCUUACCAUUGUGAAGUCAAUUACUCUUAAACCUAUAGAAAUACCUUUAACUCAUGGUGGAUCAGUUAUUGGCAAAGAAGAAAUUGUAAAUAUUGAUGGACAAAAAGUGAAAGUGAAUAGUUUCUUAGGUAUACCAUAUGCAUCAAAACCAAUUGGUAAAUUACGUUUUGCUCCACCAGUGAAACAUCCCGGUUGGAAAGGUAAAUAUAAUGCAACCACACUAUCACCAACAUGUUGGCAAUAUAUAUUCACAGGAUUUGAUGCUGUUAAUGCUGCUGGUAAAAUGUGGAUUAAUAAUACUGAAAUGAGUGAAGAUUGUUUAUAUCUUAAUGUAUGGACACCGAAAUCUAGUGUCGAUAGUCCACAUUUACCAGUUAUGGUAUGGAUAUAUGGUGGUGGAUUUACAUCAGGCAGUGCUAAUCUACAAGUAUAUAAUGGAGCUAUACUUUCAGCUACACAAAAUGUAAUUAUUGUUUCUAUGCAAUAUCGUGUCGGUGCAUUUGGUUUCUUACGAUUAAAGCCUAAUAUUACUGAUCAAACACAAACUGAUGCUUUAGGUAAUCAAGGUUUAUUAGAUCAAUUAAUGGCAUUGAAAUGGGUAAGCGAAAAUAUAGGACAAUUUCAUGGUGAUCCAAAUCAAGUAACAAUAUUUGGUGAAUCUGCUGGAGCAGUCAGUGUAUCAAUUCUAUGGAUGUCACCUAUUGCUCAACCAUAUUUUCGUAGAGCAAUAUUACAAUCCGGUAGUCUAUAUGCUAGAUGGGGUUUAGACAAUGCAGAUGAAGCACAUGAGAAAGCAGAUGUAUUCACUCAGGAAUGCGGCUGCCAAUCACCUUCUGUAGACCGUAAAGCAAGUUUGGAAUGCCUUCGAAAGUUAGAUCCAUUAACACUUGUUAAUCAGCUGGAUAGUAUAAAUGUGGCUAUUGGUAAACAUCGUUAUGAUGCUGUUCGAAAAUAUUUACUACCCAGAUAUCACAAACAAGAACCAUUCUUAAUAAAGCAGUCUACAAGUACUCGAUUGUAUUUCGAUGUUCCAUUGCAACCAGUUAUUGAUGGUUAUCUUGUGCCUAAACAUCCGGAUCAUAUUUUUAAUGAAAAAAAUAAAUUAAAACAAAACCCAGAAUUAUUGAUUGGUGUUAACACCAAUGAGGCAAUGUUUUUCCUCCUUCCAGGCAUUGCCAUAAAAGAUACGCAGUUCUUAUUCUCAAAUGGUUCAGUUAUUAUGCCUAGCACUAUGGAGUUGGCUGGUAAGAAAAAACCAUUUAAAGAAGGAGAAGAAAUAGCCGAUUUCUAUUGGAUCACAGCCACACAAAUAUUAGACGAAUCUCAUAUGAGACCGGGUCUAGCGAAAAUGCCAUCAUAUUAUUAUAAUUUACCACUCACUUCCAGUCCAAAACGAGGUUACUACGAUCCGGAUACCGUAUACAUCCACGAUGAAGAACUUCUCAGACGAUUAGAUAAAUUUGCCGGUGAUUUAGAUUUCGCUUGUCCAACUUUAAAUUUUGCUGAACAAGUUGCUAGACUACCAGAUGCUAAAGUAUUCCUAUAUCAUUUUAAUAAACGUACUGAAUCACUCCCUAUGCCUAAAUGGACAGGUGUCAUGCAUGGUUAUGAAAUUGAAUAUAUUUUUGGUAUACCAUAUGAUCCGGAAUUUUCAAAACAAUUUUAUAAUUUUACAGAUCUUGAAAAAAUAUUCAGUUCUAGAAUUAUGAAAAUGUGGACUAAUUUUGCUAAAACUGGUCAUCCAUCUAAGAGUAAUGAUGGUAAAAUAUCUACACCUGAAUGGCCUUUGUUCAAUAGCACUGAUGGAUUUGUAUCAAACAACCCUGAUUACUUGAUUCUAGAAGAUGAAACUAAACUUGGCAGUGGAUUGCAUCGUGAUCGCUGUGCAUUUUGGUUACAUGAAAUGCAAGACAUGACAGAUAUAUGGUAUAAUAGAUGUGAUCCUUCUAGUGGAAUAAAACCAACUGGAAAUUAUAUUUUAAUCCUUGGAUCUGGGUUACUUCUUUUCAUUGGAAUUUUUUAUGGAUGAAAAUGUUUGUUUGUUUUUUUACUUUUCUUUCUUCUUCUUCUUGUUGAAGAUCAUCAUUACAACGAUAGUUAAUUAUGAUAAUCAUCAAAAACGAACUCUCUCACACACACACACACAAGACAGAUUGUUUUAAAUUGAUUCUCAUUACUAGAAUUGAAUUGGUAGCUAUGCAAUUUUAUUUCAUUUAACCGAAUUAUAUUCACAUGGACUUAUUCAUAGGUGAAUAUAUAUAUCCAUCUUUGUUACUAUGGGAACUAAGCAUUUCAUUUUAUUCAAUAGAGUUUUUUUUUAGUUUAUUAUAAUGAAUUACCUACACUUUUCCUAUUGAGAAACCCUUUUUAAAUUACAUCUAGUGUAUGUUUACUUUUUCUCAUGAUCAUAUUGUAAAGUGAAUUCAUAAAAUGUCUUGAUUACAUAUAUUUUUUCCACUGAUGAUGACAGAUGAUGAUGUGCCUGUUACUCCCAAUGGAGCAUAGGCCGUCGGCCAGCAUUUUUUUUUCUGGUUAGCGUUUCUUUAGCGAGUUGGUUUUCUACAGGAUGAGGUCGCUAAACCCAUGCCCAACCUUCCUCUUUUACCCGGGUUUGAGACCGGCAGUAGCCCCCGGAGGAGCUACAGGCGGAGUUAUUUUUUUCACUAUUCCAUAGAUAUUUACCUCCAUUUAAUUUCUCAGGUUUUUUAAGUAAAUCUAUACUUUGUAAAAAAAAAUUGUUUAAUGAAGAAAAAUCAAUAAUCAUGCUCUUACAUCAUUGUAACAGAUACUUAUUUAUUUGCUUAGUUACCAAUGUCCGUUAACCCCCCCCUCACGAAGGAGUAUAGCCCACCUACCAGCACAUUGUAAUAGACAAGUAGAUUUUAAAAAGUAUAAAGAAAAAAACUGUUCUUCUUUAUUCAAGAUAUUCGUCUGUACUUCAUCUCUCUUAUUCUUCUUCAUUCAAGAACUUCGUCUGUACUUCAUCCGUCUUAUUCUUCUUCAUUCAAGAGAUUCGUCUGUACUUCAUCUCUCUUAUUCUUCUUCAUUCAAGAACUUCGUCUGUACUUCAUCUCUCUUAUUCUUCUUCAUUCAAGAGAUUCGUCUGUACUCCGUCUCUCUUAUUCUUCUUCAUUCAAGAUAUUCGUCUGUACUUCAUCUCUCUUAUUCUUCUUCAUUCAAGAGAUUCGUCUGUACUCCGUCUCUCUUAUUCUUCUUCACUCAAGAUAUUCGUCUGUACUUCAUCUCUCUUAUUCUUCUUCUUCAACUGUCACAUAAUAUGUUUAGUGAAUAGUUCAUCUUUGUAAAAUGACUUCAUAAAUUUAGAGUGUAACAAAAUAUCAGUAUUAAUUCAAUAUUUCUUUUUGUUACCACUAUAUUGUUGGUGUUAUUAUUGAUUCUUUAGACUAAAUUAACCGCCUAAAUUGAUUUGGUAAUUAAAUGUUGUAAACGUAUUAAUCAAUUUAUCAUUGUGUUGUUUUCUUUUUUCUCCUCAUUUUUCCCUGUUUUUAUUUACUACUAAUAAUAAACUACUAAUAUGGUUACAGU